AUGGAAUCAAAAGCGUCGAAAAAUCAAUCAAAAGGUGCCAAACCACCGUCGACGGAAUCUGUCGCUGUCUUGCAGCAAGUACCUAUCAAACCUCCAAUCAAACAACUCUCCUACCCGUCCUUGGUCUCAGUUGUAGAGUUCAUCAGCUUUGGUAGACGAAAACAACUAUACGCCAAGUGUCCAACAAUUCGAAAACUCGAAGAAAAACUACCCUAUCAUCUUGAAAGUGUGAAAAUCGAAACAAUAGGCCCUGGCUACAUUAUUUUGAAAUUUGACAAUUUUUCUACUGGUGACAUUGGUGCGCAUCCCGGCAAUAGAGGCGAAAUAGAAAUGUGGUGUCCUGGAAAACGAGUGACACGCUCAACAAAACUGUCUUUAUAUGAGGCGACUGAAAAGUUUGCAUUGUAUAAUUUGAGCAGACCGGGGACAACAAUAAAGACACUUGAGACAGAGUACACUCCGAAAUGUAUUUUGAACUGUAUCCCCUUGACAAUUGAAAAUUUGAUAGUGGACUGUAACGAAUGGGACGAGUGGAUCAACCGUACAACUAGACCAGUUAAAACUCUGCAAACUGGUCUUAUAAUCAGACAUGACACGAUCAAGUAUGCAAAAGAAGUCACAGUGACAAGACCAUCACAUCUUUCGAUCAGAAUCCAGACAGACAUAUUGUCAGAAUGGAAUUGUGAAUCUAUUACAAUUGAGAAGGAUCUGACUUAUAUGGAGGUCGUGGAUUACUGUAGGAGAGUGUCAAAAAGAACCGAUCGACCGAUUGGAAGCGUUUUCAAGUCAGGGUUGAGUGGUUACUCAACAGAGUUGUUCCAAAUGCUUUCUCGGGAACUAAAUGCAAAAAAGAUGUUGUUAAAAGGCUUCUUUGGCAAUCUGAUACAAUGUGCAACUAUCUACAUUAACGAAUCGACUGAGUUACACGUAUGCAGGAUGGAACCAGGAAUUUGGAUAAAAGUCAGUGCGAGAAGAACCGCAAUUGAUCAAGUUUUCUAA